AGGACGACGACGACGACGACGACGACGACGACGAAGUUGUUCGCGAGGAUGUCGUUUGUCGAGCAACCGCCACUCGAGCGGGAGAUUGCGGUGCCGGCCAGGUUGCCGAUGAUUCUGAAGCAGUUCUGCAAGGCCGCGAUACGCACGCAGCCGUACGACCUGCUCAAGUGGUCCGGCUCGUACUUUCGCGCACUGGCCGACGGCGAGGAGCCGCCAAUCAAGUCGCGACUCGAGUACCCGCCGCCGAGCACGGCCUCCGGCCUGACCCUGGGCUUCCUCAGGGUGUUGCUGCGACAGUUUGGAAAUUACAACAAAACGCUGCCGGUCGAGACGAUCUCGCGUCGCUGGGAUUGCCUCUGCCUGGACCGCAGAGACUUCGACACGAUCCUCGCGAUCGGGGGAUUCCGUCGCACCUGCCAGGUGAAGAAGUUCCUCGCCAUAGCGGUGGGCCUGCUCGGCGCUAAUCUCACCGAGACGAUGAUCAUGGUCUGCCAAUUGUUCAGCCACGAGCCGGACGGCGGAUCCGCGAUGAUCCCGCUCACCUUGUUUAUGGAGAUCUACGAGUAUUUAGCGGAACUCGCGUGCGACGGCAAUGAAAGAGACACGUUCGAACAAGAUACAACGGAGCGUACUGUGUGCAAAGAGAGUUCCGUCGAGCGUACUUGCUCCAUAAACAGCCAAGACACCGACGUGGACAUUAAUUUAGAUUCGGAACUGAUAUCCAAGGACGAGGUUGAUUUGUCGAAAACUGAUCUAUCGUCGGAGCUGAUAGAGAACAGUUCAUUCGAAAAAGAAGCUACCAGCUCUGAAGAAAGGAGAGAUGAAUCUUUGACUAAUCCAAAAGAUGAUAGUUUGAUCGGUAAAGAUCGCACGGAUAACAAUGAUACGAUCGGUAAGAAAUUCUGCGGAGUGAAAGAUGCCAAUAGCGAUGGAAGCGUGUCUUCUGGAGUAGAGAAGGAUACAAAAAUUACGUGCUAUCCGAAUGUGCCAGGUAUAGGACCUUGUUUGUCGACCGAGCGCGUUGCGAACGUAACGGCGUGGAUGCUCGAGUGCGCGAAGCUGCAAGAGGGUAUGGUCGGACCGCGAAAUAUCCGGCACAUGAACUGCCCGUCUCUGCACGAACGAUUGAAGUCGUGAUAACGCCUCGUUAUUUCGUAAUAAUGAAUACGGAG